GAGAGUAUUUUGAAAGGAGGUGUGGAAAUGUGACAGAAUUCAUCUUUCGUCGCUCAAACCCAACGACCUGGUCUGUUUCAGCCCAGCAGCUGUGUUUGUAAACAUAGCAGUGAGCAUGUGCUGGGGUGGCUGCUGCGUGGAGCUUUGAGAGGAGCAGUGCCAGCACAGCGCAGAUGCAGGCACGCACUGGAAUGGAACAGUGCAGAAAAUGAGAGUGAAUGCGUCUGGUGACUCAGGCCCUAUGAGAAAAAGGGAAAGCUAAGGAUGCUGGAGCAGAACAAUGGAUUUCUCUUUCUCUUUCAUGCAAGGGAUCAUGGGAAACACAAUUCAGCAACCACCUCAGCUCAUUGACUCAGCCAACAUCCGCCAGGAGGAUGCCUUUGAUGCCAGCAGUGACAUUGCUGAAGAUGGUGGACAGACGCCGUACGAAGCCGCCCUACAGCAAGGCUUUCAGUACCCAACACCCACGGCGGAGGAUCUGCCCCCCAUUGCUAAUGGCUACCCGGCCACCAUCAAUAUGUACGAACCUCAAGCCAAAUUCCAGACGUACAGUCAAUAUCCCAAUGGUUCUGCCAAUGGUUUUGGUACAGUUAGAAACUUUAGUCCCCCGGAGUAUUACCACGUGGAAAACUCGAACGCGAGGCCGCAUGAAGUUCUGGAAAAGCCUUCCCCUCCACAGCCACCCCCACCUUCAGUUUCACAGACGGUGAUUCCAAAGAAGACUGGCUCACCAGAAAUCAAACUAAAAAUAACCAAAACUAUCCAGAACGGCAGGGAAUUGUUUGAGUCCUCUCUUUGUGGGGACCUUUUAAAUGAAGUACAAGCGAGUGAGUAUGCUAAGGCAAAACAUGAAGGGAGGAAAGAGAAAAGGAAAAAAAGUAGCAAGCACGACUCUUCCCGAUCGGAAGAGCGCAAGUCGCACAAAAUCCCAAAAUUAGAACCAGAGGAACAAAAUAGGCCAAACGAGAGGCUUAGCAUGCUGUCUGAAAGGCCAAGAGAAGAUGCAGUGUUGGAGGAAGCCCCGGUGCAGCAGUUCUUGCCUUCUCUUCCAACACAAGUCAGCCAUGACAUCAAGUUUCAGGUUGGCGAUCUGGUUUGGUCCAAAGUGGGAACGUACCCAUGGUGGCCUUGCAUGGUUUCAUGUGAUCCACAGCUUGAUGUGCAUACCAAAAUCAAUACAAGAGGUGCCCGUGAAUACCAUGUUCAGUUUUUUAGCAACCAGCCAGAACGGGCGUGGGUGCACGAGAAGCGAGUUCGGGAGUACAAAGGACACAAACAAUACGAGCAGUUAUUGGCAGAGGCUGCUAAGCAAGCCAGCAACCAUUCUGAGAAACAGAAGAUUCGCAAACCAAGGCCGCAAAGAGAGCGUGCUCAGUGGGAUAUUGGUAUUGCCCACGCUGAGAAAGCGUUGAAAAUGACUCGGGAAGAAAGGAUAGAACAAUACACCUUCAUUUAUAUAGACAAAGAGCCAGAGGAGGUUUUGUCAAAAGCCAAAAAGGCCGCUGCUUCUAAAUCAGAGACCAAGAAGAACCGGCGUCCAAAGCCAGCAUUGAACACCCAGCCAGAGCAUGGCAGUGUGAUAACAGGAUCACCUUCCAGUGCAGAGCUGCGAAGGCAGAGCCAACGGAGGCAGUCGAGUGCGGAAGAGGAGGAGCCACCACCUGUGAAAAUUGCAUGGAAAACAGCUGCAGCUAGAAAAUCCUUACCAGCCUCGAUAACCAUGCACAACUUGGAUCUUCAGAAAUGUAACAUGUCUCCGGUUGUUAAAAUUGAACAGGUUUUUGCUCUUCAGAAUGCUGCAGGGGAUGGCAAACUCAUCGAUCAGUUUGUUUAUUCCACUAAGGGAGUUGGUAACAAAGCAGAAAUAAGCGUCAAAGGACAAGAGAAGCUUAAUUCUUCAUCCAGCCAGAGGAAUGAAAAAGCAACGUGCAAUGUGCAGAACGCAUCCUCUCCUGAAACAACUUCUGGGUCAGCAGGUUCUGUAGAAAAGAAGCAACAGAGAAGAUCGAUUCGAACCCGCUCAGAGUCUGAGAAAUCCACCGAAGUUGUGCCAAAGAAGAAGAUCAAAAAGGAGCAGGUUGAAAUGGUUCCACUGGCAGCAGUGAAGACAGGCCUGCAGAAAGGUGCCAGCGAGAUUUCAGAUUCUUGUAAACCUUUAAAGAAGAGGAGUCGAGCCUCGACUGAUGUAGAACUGACGAGCUCAGCUUACAGAGAUGCUUCUGACUCUGAUUCAAGAGGACUCAAUGAUUUACAGGGUAGUUUUGGAAAGCGUUCCGACAGCCCAUCAGCUGCUGUCGAUGCUGAUGCUUCUGAUGUGCAGUCAGUGGACUCCAGCUUAUCCAGGAGAGGAACUGGAACAAAUAAAAAAGACACUGUUUGUCAGAUCUGUGAGAGCUCUGGUGAGUCACUGGUGUCCUGUGAAGGCGAGUGCUGCAGCACCUUUCACAUGGAGUGUCUGGGCCUGAAGGCGAUGCCGGAGGAGAAGUUCUUCUGCACGGAGUGUAAAAAUGGAGAACACACGUGCUUUUCUUGCAAGCUCCCUGGCAAAGAUGUGAAGCGCUGCUCUGUCAGCACCUGCGGUAAAUUCUACCACGAGGCCUGCGUGCGCAAGUUUGCCACAGCUCUGUUUGAGUCACGAGGAUUUCGGUGCCCUCAGCAUUGCUGCUCUGCCUGCUCCGUGGAUAAGGACAUCCAUAAAGCAAGCAAAGGUCGCAUGGUGAGAUGUUUCAGAUGUCCCAUUGCCUAUCACUCAGGAGAUGGCUGUAUUGCUGCAGGAAGCUUAUUUGUGUCAUCCCACAUUCUCAUCUGUAGUAACCAUUCCAAAAGGAAUCACUCCUCAUCAGCUGUAAAUGUAGGCUUUUGUUUCGUUUGUGCAAGAGGGCUGGUAGUGCAGGAUCAUUCAGACCCCCUGUUCAGUUCAUAUGCCUAUAAAUCCCACUACCUACUGAAUGAAUCAAAUCGUGCUGAGUUGAUGAAAUUACCUAUGAUUCCUCCUCCUUCGUCAGCUUCCAAAAAGAAAUGUGAGAAAGGUGGAAAACUGUUGUGCUGUGAAUCCUGCCCAGCUUCCUUUCACCCUGAGUGUCUCAACAUAGACAUGCCUGAAGGAUGUUGGAAUUGCAAUGACUGUAAAGCUGGCAAGAAGCUACGUUACAAGCAGAUUGUUUGGGUCAAGCUUGGAAAUUACAGGUGGUGGCCAGCAGAGAUCUGCAAUCCCAGGUCUGUGCCUCUCAACAUACAGGGCCUCAAACAUGAUAUCGGGGACUUCCCAGUAUUUUUCUUUGGUUCACAUGACUACUAUUGGGUACACCAGGGCAGAGUUUUCCCUUAUGUUGAAGGAGAUAAAAGCUUUGCUGAGGGGCAAACUAGUAUUAACAAGACCUUCAAGAAAGCACUUGAAGAAGCAGCAAAGCGUUUCCAGGAGCUGAAAGCACAAAGAGAAAGCAAAGAAGCAUUAGAAAUAGAAAGAAAUUCAAGGAAACCUCCACCGUAUAAACACAUUAAAUCCAACAAGGUAAUAGGGAAGGUUCAGAUUCAGGUGGCUGAUCUGUCAGAAAUCCCCCGCUGUAACUGCAAGCCAUCUGAUGAGAACCCCUGUGGUCUGGAGUCCGAGUGUCUGAACAGGAUGCUGCAGUAUGAGUGCCACCCCCAGGUGUGCCCAGCAGGAGAGAGGUGUCAGAACCAGUGCUUCACCAAGAGGCUCUACCCUGAUGCUGAAAUCAUCAAAACCGAUCGACGUGGAUGGGGUCUCAGGACAAAAAGGAACAUUAAAAAGGGUGAAUUUGUGAAUGAAUACGUUGGGGAGCUCAUUGAUGAAGAAGAGUGCAGACUGCGAAUUAAACGUGCCCAUGAAAACAGUGUAACCAAUUUUUAUAUGUUAACAGUUACGAAGGAUCGGAUCAUAGAUGCUGGUCCAAAGGGGAAUUAUUCUCGCUUUAUGAACCAUAGUUGUAAUCCAAACUGUGAAACACAGAAAUGGACAGUGAAUGGUGACAUCAGAGUUGGGCUGUUUGCUCUGUGUGACAUUCCUGCAGGAAUGGAGUUAACAUUUAAUUAUAACUUGGAUUGCCUUGGGAAUGGCAGGACUGAGUGUCACUGUGGAGCAGAAAACUGCAGUGGUUUCCUAGGAGUGCGUCCAAAGACAGCAUUUGCAACAGCAAACGAAGAGAAGGUGAAGAAUGCAAAAUUAAAGCAGAAGAAGAGGAAAAUAAAAACAGAACAGAAGCAGAUGCACGAAGACAACUGUUUCCAGUGUGGAGAUGGGGGAGAACUUGUCAUGUGUGAUAAAAAGGACUGUCCCAAAGCUUACCACCUCCUAUGCCUUAACCUGACUCAACCACCUUUUGGAAAGUGGGAAUGUCCGUGGCAUCAGUGUGACAUCUGUAGCAAUCCUGCAGUUUCGUUCUGUGAGUUCUGCCCUCAUUCGUUCUGUAAGGAUCACGAGAAAGGAGCCCUGGUGGCAUCGGCACUGGACGGCCGUCUCUGCUGCUCCACACAUGACCCCAAAUCUCCCGUGGCACCCGAGUACUGGAACAAGAUAAAAUGCAAAUUGGAACCUCAGAAUCCCGUAGAAGAAGCAAAGGAGUGAAUUUUUGUUUAAAAACAAACAAAAACAACAAGGGAGGGAAGAAGAGGAGGGGCAAAUAGGAGAUGAACUUGAAGAGACUGCUAUGGCGCAUUCAGUCUGUAUCAUCGGCGCUGUCUUGUGUGAACUGGGAGUGGGACCACUUACCAAGCAGAAGCAGGCAGUGGUGUUUGUUUUUUUAUUGUUUGGUCUUUUACCCUUGAAUGUGCUACAAGCAGCUCUUUCUGUUGGGAAACAAACAUCUCGGCCUUCUAAAGCAAACAGUAGACCUUCAGACAGUGAAAAGAAUACUCUGUUUAAAGAUGUUCAAGUGUAGAAAACAAAGCAUAGCAACAUAUUUAUUUAUUUAAUUUUUCAAGGAUGUUGAAGAUCUGGUUUGGAUCAGUCAGCGUGUCUUUAAAAACAAACAACAAAACAGCAAAGCCAACGUAACUCCUACGUCUAGUUUACAACAGGAACAAAACCCUCCCUGCGCUGUGUAACAUUCAGGUAUCGUGAAGACAGAAGUGGGUUUCAGACCAGGUGACUGAAAUGCCUCCAUUCCGUACUUAUUUUUAAAGGCAGGUUGUAUAUCAUGUUUAACUUGUGAAUAUUGCUGUAAAGCUUUUCCUGUGAGAAAUAAUGUGUAUGGCUCUUUGGGAGUGCUUGUAACACAAGUGCUGAUGUUUUAAGAAGGAAGGAAGUAGUUGCUUGCUUGGAGAGCUGUAAUUGGUGGUGUUUGCAGACAGGUGGAAAUUCAGAAGGAGCUGAAUUGCAUACUGGUCAUUUCUUUACUAGGAGAACCUUCCUAGUUAGGAGAGCUCCUGGCCUUGGUCGCACUGCAGCACACAGAACUGAGGUCAGCAUGCUGCCCUGGGAGCAACUUUCUCUGACUGCUUUUGGUGGAGGAUUGUUCUGUGUGUGGAUUUGUCACCUGCCAAGUUCUGCACUUGUUUGAUGGCAAUUAUGUUAUUGUGGAUCUUUAUUGCUUUCUUCUCAGACUCCCAUUGGCUCCAGAGGAGAUUCGAGUGCUUAAGGAAUCCAACCCAUCUUCAUGUUUCUUUUGAUUUGAACGUUCAUGCUGUUAGUGAAAAAGAUUUUCUGACUUUAUAACGUUCACUGUUAGCAGAGCUAAGAAAAGCAAGUUAGUCCCCUGCAGCACUUCAUCCAUAACAGAGUGUUUGCAGUGCCAGGUAACGGGAUUCACAGCAGCCACCCUCAGCCUGGUGGGGUGUUUGUGUUCUGUAUUUCCUUUGUUAAUCUGCAGGGGAGCAGGCUGCUUCAGUGAGGCUCCUGAGUUGGCUUAGGUAGGCUCCUGCUCCAGAUUUUCUUCUGCAAACCUAUCCUAUCCUGCAAUCCUCAAGCAAGGAGCUUAGAGGGAUUAGUCUCUCCAGGCUGAAGUUGGUCUUUGAAUCUCCUCCCCUAGCCUGCAGCCUUUCCAAGCUCUGCAGUCAGCGUGCUUUGGCUGUGUGCUGGUGCUGGCUUUUUGCUCAUGGCUCUUGGAGGUAGCCCUGAACAAAAGGAAUCAAUUUGAAGUGUUGCUGGCAUCUGGCUAAAUGGAGCCUUUGAAUUAAUUCUCAAGAACCCUGUCUCUGGGAAACUGCUGACAUAAACCUGCAGGAACGUGGUGACUUCUCAGCCUGAGAAAACAGGCGAGGAAGACACACGUGGGAUUGUGGAGCUUCUGCUUCUGGCUGCUGUCCUUCUCAUUCUCAAACUUAUGGAUGGGAGGGGAAAAAAAAACAAAAGCUUGUGCACUUGUGAAGUUACAAAAUACACUACAGUCCCUCAAAGCAGCCGUGGUGCCCAGCAGCUGAUCUGUCAGUGCACCUCUGAGCCUUCCUGCAGCCUGGGGGUGUUUGGGGGCGCAGCAGGGCCAGCGCUGCUGGGCUCAGCUGGUGGGAAUAUAAAGCACUUCUCGUGGUCCAUGCUACAGUGAAUGUCUGAAACACUAAUCUUGCUUGAAAUAUUUUUUACGAAAAUAUUUACAGAAAGAAUUUUAUUUUUCUGAGCAUUUUGUGUGAUAAAUGUCUCUUUUUAAGCUCUUACUGGGGGUGUUUCACCUCCUCAGUGAUUCCAAACGCAGCCGUUGCUGCGGUGUCUGUAAGGCUUGAUGUGUUUACUUUAUUUUUAUUUAUUAGUCUUGGUAGUGUUGAAAUGAUUUUUCUCUUGGGAAGUCAGAGCAUUCCAAUGAUUACAGAUGUGCUGUAGUGUGAGUGCACCUCACUCUGUGUCCGUGCUGAGGUGUGCUGAUGCCAGAAGCCUUCGCAGCUGUUGGAGAUGGCAGUGAGCAGAACACAGCUGGUGAGCAUCAACUGCCACGUGCAACCUGUUGCUGUGAUGUUCUGCUAUGCUGCAUAGCACGGAAUGUGAAGGUUUGCAAAAGGCUUUAAAAACUUCUGAAAUGCUGUGAAUUGGGGCCUGCUGCUACUCCUGUGCCAUGCCACUUGAUUCCGGGUUAACUUUUUUUCUCAAACUUCUUACAGGUGCUCCUUUUUUUCCACCAAAAAAAGAAAAGUAAUAAUGAUAGCCAGCAGCUGGGCUUGGACUCAAAAGGGAAAGCAGGAAAUUGGUUUGUAAGCUUGUGCAGCUCAUGAACAAAAAUCUGAACUGGAUGUCACACUGCUGGAGAGAAGGUGAAUCUAAAAUCUUAAAGGGUGAUAUGAGGAAGGAUUCAGAAUAGCUUGAUAGUUGUGCUGAGUUUGUUCUGUAUGCCAUAUGCGGAGCUUUAAAACACACCUUUUCAACCACAUCUUGGUCAAUGGAGGAGAAAGAGAGUGCAAUUGCUUUGUACGAGGGGGGGGAAAGAGAUGUGACAGAUCUGUGUUGUGAUUAAGUGGCAUCAGCUGCUGGAUUCCAUCUGUGUGGUCUCAGAAGUGAGGGGAGCAGUGCUGGGCAGCAAAGGCCUGGAGGAAAUCCCCAGAGCUGCUCCAUUGAGCUGUGCAACCUCCUGUCCCUUAGCUGGGAUGCAAUCCUGCUUCUCCCUUACUUUUGGCUUACUUUUUUGGAGGGAGUUGCUGUGCUUCAGGUGCACAGCUGACCCCGGAUCUCUCUGUAGUGUGCAGCAUCUGAGCUGCUCUGCUAAGUUAGCAGGACUUUGGUGUUUACUGGACUCUGUGCUCUGCAGUACGCACGCGUGGACGUUCUGCAGAUCACAACCCAAUGGUGCAAUGGUCAAUUACUGCAGUUUCCUGCACGCGUGACACAAGCAUUAAUUAUUGUAGCUUUCAGAAUUCAUCAGACUUGUCCUGUCAAUGGACUGUAAGGAUCAAAGGCAUUAUUUGCAGCUCAGGAAGGAUGGCAUGAUGAUGAUUUGUAUGGGCAAAUUCCCUUCUCUGGUCACCACCGCGGUCUGAGAGAGUUACAAUGGGGCUGGAAUGUAGAAUUUUGGCCUUUCUUCUAAAACCUUGUUAUCUUUGUUUCAGGAUAGAACGAGAGACACAAUUACUAGAUGUAAUUAACAAUGAGCAUAGAAUCUGUAUAUAUGGAGACUUUACAGAACUAUGGGGUGGGUGGGGAGGAGGGCGGGAGGGGACGUCCAGCGCUGGUACGAAGUGGUCACUUUAACAUGAAACCUCUGCCUCAUUGAAUUCAGGGUUUAAUGUACUUGAAGCUCUGCAUUCCUUAUACAGCUUAUUAUUUUUUUUUUUUAUAAUUAUUAUUAUUAUUUUAUUUAUACAUCCCUUGUUUUGUAUACGGCAUCGAAGAUGUGUUCACCUCCCUGCUGUCACCUCUGCUCCUGUGGCACUGGACUCUGCGGUGCCGCCUGAGCGGCGAUGGCCAUUUUGUGUUCGGUCUCAGCUUUUCCCCCCUUUCCCCCCAUCUUACCUUCGUGUAGCAAAAUGGUUUGCACUUCUGAUACACUCCUAUCCUUUGGAUGUAUUCACAACCUUGUUCUAAGGAGGAAAAGAGAAGCUGUUUCCUGUCGUAUCGCGUUGCUGAGCGGCGGAUUCGGGUCCUUGUGCUCCAGCGAGGGGCUCUCACUGCUGGAGGAGGGGGGAACUGAGUGGAGAUCUGAGCUUUGCACAGGAGAUUAAUGGGAAUGGAUGGGAAUUAAUCUCCUUUGCACAGGUAAUUAAUGUGAAAACAAAAGGGCGCACAGCAUGCGUGACUCCGUGCCGGCUGUGAGCUCUUGGUCCCUUCUCCAGGGUGAGGAUGGGAGCCCUGCAUCGCUGCUCUGUGUCCAUUUGCUGCCACUUCUCCUUUCUCACAAAGUGAAGGCAAUGGCAACGACUGCCUGCGGGGAUCCUGGGCCUCACCGCCGACCUUCACAGCGUCGCCAUUUCUGUCUGCUUUGUUCCUCCGUACCAAACUUUGUAGGUUCUGUGAGAUGUUCUUUUAACAAAAUCACUUUCAGUCUUUACCUGCAAUGCAUCAGCAGUCACUGAAGUCACUCUAGAGCUGGGAAGCCGACCCGGAGCUCCGGGUGCUGUUCUGGGGUGUUACUGUACCAUGGUUGGUGUUUUGCCACAUAGGCUUUGAGAAAUACCAUUUUUGGGGGUUGUGUCGUUCGGCCUACGUUCUCUUGCAUAGUGUGAAGCCUGUAAAGCUCGGUUACCCUGUACAUAGGUAGCUUAUUGUCAGCCGGUUCUAGCGUACUUAGCCUUGCCUGUAAUAUUUUAGCUUCUUACUGAAUGUGUGUGAUGGUAGAACAUAUAAUUUUUGUACAUUAUAUUUACUGAGAUGUUGCCUUUUUUAUUUUACAAAUACUUUGGAAUUCAGAUGUGUUUUUGCUUCCGUGAGGAUUCAUUUGGAAAGGUUUUUAAAUGACAUUCCACCGAUUUGAACUUUUUGCUUGAGGUUGACUUCAAUAAAUCGUUCUGAAUGUUCCAACA